GCCAAGGCUGUGACCACCUGGAGCAUUGGUCCAUGCAGCGAACGCCAAGAUCCCUCCAGUGGGCAGUGCCUAGCAAGCCGCCAGGAGCUAAAGAGCCGGUGGGAUAUCACUCUGGAUGAGCACAACUGCAGGCCCAAGUACAAGAGCAACUACUG